AUGCAGAUCUUCAAGCUCUCCAUCAUUCUCUUCAUGACCUCGGCGGCCAUGGCGGAAUUUAUCUGCGAAGUCAUGUCGGAAGAACACCCGGAGGGUCGUUGCAUCGGCAGAAAAGGAGACAGGGGCAUCUACGAUUGCGGCAGCACCCAAACACCAGGCUGGGCAAGUACGGAGCAGACUGCAGUUAAAGGCGAACGUGCGCGGAAGAGCCGCAGGUCUCCGAGCUUUGGAUGCCCCAUCUCGGGAGACAGCGCGAUCUCGAAUGACGGGAUGAAGGUGGAGGACAGCGAUGGAAGACAAUCGACGGGUACCGUCCGGGAAAGGUUGGACGCUGACAAUCCGAUGCUCAUGACUGGACGAUAG